GUCUUAUGGACACAACAGCAACACAUCAAAAGGCGUGUCAAACGAGACUUUCUGUACGACGAACACAGGGUCUUAUGGACACAACAGCAACACAUCAAAAGGCGUGUCAAACGAGACUUUCUGUACGACGAACACAGGAAGUAUUCAAAAGAAGAGCAAAGAGUGGAAAGAAGGCGUAAACGAGACUUCGUUCGCUUGACUUCGAGUCUUCGGUCGAGUCCUAACUCGAAACGCAUGCAAUUCGAUGACCCGCGAUGGCCACAGAUGUGGUACUUGAAUAGGGGUCAGGGCUUAGACAUGAACGUCCAGAUGGCAUGGAAUAAGAACAUCACUGGUUUGGGAUCUGUGGUCACUAUUCUGGACGACGGUCUUGAGAAGGAUCACCCGGACUUGGUCUCCAAUUACGACCCUUUGGCCAGUUUUGAUGUGAACAAUCACGACGAGGACCCGAUGCCUCGCUAUGAUAUGAUUGACUCGAACAGACACGGGACCAGAUGUGCGGGAGAGGUGGCCGCCAACGCCAACAACAACAUAUGCACCGUUGGGAUCGCAUAUAACGCCAAAGUGGGCGGCGUUCGUAUGCUUGACGGCGAUGUGACCGAUGCGGUCGAAGCCAGGUCUCUGAGUCUGAAUCCCCAACACAUCGAUAUAUACAGCGCUUCGUGGGGUCCCGACGAUGACGGCAAGACAGUGGACGGUCCGGGAGAGUUGGCCACCCGUGCCUUCAUCGAUGGCGUGACCAAAGGCCGCAAUGGCUUGGGAUCUAUAUUUGUGUGGGCGUCGGGCAAUGGGGGCCGAGAGCACGACAACUGUAAUUGUGACGGAUAUACGAACUCCAUUUGGACCCUUUCCAUCUCGAGUGCCACUGAGAAUGGUCUGGUGCCCUGGUAUAGUGAGGCCUGUUCCUCAACACUCGCCACCACCUACAGCAGUGGCUCGUUUGGAGAGCGACAGAUCAUCACCACUGACCUCCACCACGGCUGCACUUCCAGCCAUACGGGAACUUCAGCCUCAGCCCCAUUAGCCGCCGGCAUCUGCGCCCUCGUCUUAGAGGCC